UCCUCUUUGCCUGCGGACAGGCCACAGGUUUGUCCUCUUUCGUGAUUGCUCUGAAGGAAACUACACUUCUGGUGUAAGAACAGAAAAAGCAGGCUGCCUGAAGAUCAUUUUAAAACAGAUUUUUGGGGAUGCGAUCAGUGAUGUUCUUGUCUCUGCUGCUGUGUGCCAUCUGUUCAUUUGUCCUGCCGUCCUCUGCUGUCCCCAGACCAACAGCAGAUGAAACCAGCCUCUUGCAAGUUACCAUCCCUGGCACCCCUCCUGUGUCGGCCAUUUUGGGAGGCUCUCUGACUCUGCCAUGCCUGAUGUCCCUGUCACAGCCUUCACCAACUCUGUCAUCAACGGGCCGGCAUGCCGUGCUCACUAUGCCAAGAGUGAAGUGGAGCAUGCUCUCAUCUGGACGAGAGACUGAAAUCCUGGUGGCCCGAGGGGAGAGAGUGAAGGUCAGCGAGCUUUAUAAAGGUCGGGCCUCACUUCCAAACUAUGACUCAUCUCCGUCUGACCUCACUCUCCAACUGGACGGCCUGAGGCACAGUGAUACGGGAUUCUACCGCUGUGAGGUCCAGCAGGGCCUGGAGGAUGCUCAUGACCUGGCUCAGAUCAAAGUGAAAGGUGUGGUAUUUCACUAUCGACAUGCCUCCAGCCGCUAUGCUUUCUCAUUUGAUGAUGCCAAGGAUGCGUGUGAGGACAUUGGGGCUCAGAUUGCCACUCCAGAACAGCUUCUAGCUGCAUACAACAGCGGAUAUGAGCAGUGUGAUGCUGGGUGGUUAUCAGAUGGCUCUGUCAGAUACCCUAUCCAGAUGCCUCGUGAGGGCUGUUUUGGAGACAUGGAUGGUCUGCCAGGGGUCCGGAACUAUGGCAUGAUGGAUCCCGAUGAGCUUUUUGAUGUGUAUUGCUAUAUAGAGAACAUCAAUGGCAACGUGUUCCAUGGGUUCACCCCGCAACGCUUCACACUGGCUGAGGCUAAAGCCUACUGCAAGCAACAGGGUGCAGUGUUAGCCUCUACUAGUCAACUAUAUGCUGCAUGGAAUGAUGGUCUUCACCACUGCAGCCCGGGCUGGCUAGCUGAUGGCAGCGUACGCUAUCCCAUUGUAACCCCACGAGAACGAUGUGGGGGUUCUGAGCCUGGUGUUAAGACAGUGUAUCGCUACAGCAACCAAACAGGCUUUCCAGAGCCUCACACUCGCCAUGAUGCCUACUGCUUCAGAGGAAAACUCGAUUCUCACACAGUUACCCCUGUAGAUUACUUGGCUACAGAGCCAGAAGACAUUGGCCAGGACAUUGUAACUUUAACUGACCCUCAGGAGGAGUUCAGUCUGGGUCACGUGACUCAACACAAAGAAAAUGAAGCUCAGGGGGCUGUUGAGGCCUUCCCUAUCUCCAGUGAACAGACAACAGUGGAGGCAGAUGAGCAAGACCCUACACCAUCCCUACUUGAAAAAGUUUAUACUACCACUGUCAACAGUAAAAUUCUCACCACCCCAGCAACAUAUGGAUGGGAAUCUGAGUCAACUCAGAAGAACUCCUGGCAGGAAGUACUCACCGACCCCAUUCACAUAGAGUCAGUGCCGGAGAUACACCUACAGCCCAAUCGUAAUUACCCUAUGCCAGUAGAGGGUUCAGACACAGAGAAGAGCACAGCUAUAUAUGAAGUUAAGAGUCACAAUCAUAAACAUUAUCAGCCUAUGCCAGACACAAACCUGGAACCAGGAGAGCGAGUGGACUACAAAAUCUAUCUAGAGAGCAAGCCAGAAACUACAACUGAUAAGUUAGAGCUGCCUUCCGACUUUCGGGAGAUUGGAGGAUCCAAACAUUUCCAGGAAAUGCCUGAAACCAACCUUGAUGAUCAGGAUGGAAGCCAUGAGGAUGAAUAUACAACUACCACAACUACAGCAAAGACCAACCUUGAUGAUCAGGAUGGAGGCCAUGAGGAUGAAUAUACAAGUACAGCAAAGACCAACCUUGAUGAUCAGGAUGGAAGCCAUGUGGAUGAACAAACAACUGCAGCACAGACCAACCUUGAUGAUCAGGAUGGAAGCCAUGUGGAUGAACAAACAACUGCAGCACAGACCAAUCUUGAUGAUCAAGAUGGAAUCCAUGUGGGUGGACAAAUAGCUUUAGUAGACACAUACGCAGGAAACACCACUGAGCCACCAGGCCUGGAUCAAAAUCUAGUCUACACAACACAGACCAGCUCUUUUGUAACCCCUGAGGGAUCUGAAGAUGAAGUGAUCACACCACCUACAGAGAACACUUCUCCCCUUGUCAUACUGAGUGAAGAUGGGAAUGGGAAUUGCUCAUCUGAAACCACCACAGACGGUUUAAAGUCCAGUCAUAAGCACCCUGGUGUUACAGGCACUUUAGCUCCUGUAGAUGUUGUGGAUCAGGAAGCAGGACAUACUUCAGCAGAAAACCUAGUAUUUUUCAGUUUUGCUUUUAAAGAAAAUGAUAAUGAUUCAUUAGUGACAGUAACCCCUACACAUCAAGGUGAGAAAGAAGUAGAGUCUUUUGACGGUUCUGGGGACCAUGAUGAUGUCCUACUACUGACCCUCUUGACCACACCUGUACCUCACAUGUUGGACACAUCCAAUACUCAGAAAGCUAUGGAGAUGGAGACCACUUCAGCUGUUCCACAGAGUAGCACUCUAUCUGGCUUCAGCGUCAUAGAGCAGGAGGUGAAGCAGGUUAAGCAGGAGGGGAUUGGAGAAGCACCUGAUGUCGUAUAUAACACAACAGCUUCACUCACAGAGACAACCUCCAGCCAAGAUGGCAGCAGCCAUGAAGAUGACUCAUCAGGAGAGGAAGAGUCUUCCGGAGGAAGACCUUCAGUGUCGGAGUACCCAGACCUAAACUACCCUAACACAACACCCAUUGUACCCUUUAACUCCACACACCUGCUGAUUCUGAACACAACAGAUGUUGUUAAUGAUACAGAUGUUGUUGAUGUUGAUACUGAGACUGAGUCCAGCACAACUCCUUCUACGGUAGAGGUCACGCUGCUUCCGGCUAUGACCCCAACCCCAAGUUGGGACACUUUGGCCUCUCCCACCCCACCACAGGAGUCCCGGGCAGAUGUGGAGUUCAGCGGUGACACCCCACUCCUCAUAGACAAUGCUGAGUCCCUAGCUGAGUCUGACUCAACAGCAGCUCCUACUAGUGGAGAACCUGAGGAGGGCCAGAGCCCAUCCACAACCAUGGCGGAUAACAAAGACAGUGAAGAUUAUGAGCUGACUACCACCGCAGAGUCUAAGGAGAGCAAGGAAGAGUAUGAAGUAACAACUAGGACACACACUACUACCUUAACCACCAGAACAACACAGAGAGUGAUGGUCAGAACAGGCAUCUCAGAUGGCUGUGUUGAGAACCCAUGUGCUAAUGGAGGCACAUGUGUAGACAGUGGUGCUGGUGUCAAAUGCCUGUGCCUACCAACCUAUGGAGGAGAAUUUUGCCAAACAGAUUUGGAGCAGUGUGAACCAGGUUGGGAAAAGUUCCAAGGAAACUGUUAUAAGCACUUCUCAAAGCGCCAGAGCUGGGAGGUGGCAGAGCAGCACUGUCGAAUGUGCGGAGGUCACCUGGUCUCCGUCCUGUCACCUGAGGAACAACAUUUCAUCAACGAUAAGUACAGGGAGUACCAGUGGACUGGUCUCAAUGACAGGACCAUUGAAGGUGAUUUCCACUGGUCUGAUGGCAACCCACUGCUGUAUGAGAACUGGUAUCGUGGCCAGCCUGAUAGUUAUUUCCUGUCAGGAGAGGACUGUGUGGUGAUGGUAUGGCAUGAUGAUGGACGCUGGAGUGAUGUGCCCUGUAACUAUCAUCUGUCCUACACCUGUAAGAAGGGCAUUGCUUUCUGUGGUCAGCCUCCUCUUGUCUUGAAUGCUAAGCUGUUUGGUCGGCAACGCCUGCGGUAUGAGGCCAACGCUCAGGUGCGUUACUACUGCGAGGAGGGCUUCAUUCAGAGACACAACCCCAUUAUCACAUGCCAAAGCAGCGGGCAGUGGGAGGAGCCACAGAUUACCUGUACACCAAAACCAACUAUGGCAAAUGGAGAUCAGGUCACACUGCAUACUCCUCAGGACCAGGAACCAGUACACAUAGAAGAUACAGCCACAGAAAAAGCAUCACAGUGGUGGAGCCUUUCGACCAACUAGCACUUCUUCAUUUACUCUUCUGCUCAUCCCUUUUCAUUCAAGAGACUUCCAUCAAUCAUCGUGCUUACCGUAGUGUUUUACAUGAAGAGCCAUGUUCGCAUCACACCUCCAGCCUUCUGCUCCACUCAGCAGCUUCUUUCAAGUGCAUUUUCUUCUUACAAUGUGACACUGAAUUACUUAUUUUGUAAUUCUACGACCCAAAAACAUAACCAGUAAGUAAACACAGAGCAGCACAAUUCCCAAACAAUGGCAGUAGACAUUAAAGCACAAGUGAAAAUGACAAAAUAAUGGAGCAAAUACUUUUUAACCUCAGCUGGUCUGAAAUAAACUGAUGCCACUGUCUUAUAACAACUUCAUUUCAUCCCACUGAGAGUGUCUAUUAGUGCCAUGAUGUCUCAGAAGGCAAAUUAUGACAGACCAGGGUGUGCCAACGUGAGCCAAGACUGACCAGGUGCGUUCAACCCCAUGCUUAAAGCUUCAAGAGCAAUUUGCAGUGUUGGAUUUCAUCUAAUGAAAAGUCAAAAAAUGCACCACCACAUCUUCAAGCUUCAUAAUCACAGACAUGCUUGUUUACUGGCAGCCCAUGUUUACCAAUUCCCUUUCAAAGGCAACAUCAUCAGAACCCCUGUAUACCAAACCAUGCCUUUAGCCAUAUUUGGCCCGAUAAAGUGUGUGGGCCACAUGCCUAUGUCUUACUGAGGCCAAGGCUGUGGAAAAGGCAUUAGUAUUGGCAGACCCUGGCUGGCUUGGCUUAAGCACAGCAGUGGAAAUUGGGCUAAUAGUACUCUUCAGCAGCCACCAUUCACACUUUUGCACACAGUAAAGCUUGUGCUCCUCAGCCACGCAGGAUACCUUUAAAGACAACCAGUUCGGGCCGUUUUAGACUAAACGUCUAGAAUUCUAGAAUUAAUUUAUUAACAGAUAACAUUGCUUUUCAAAUAUUGUACCAUUGUUCCCUCGUCACACUACCAAAAACCAGCCUGACAGUUGCAGGAGUUCCUUAUUAGAGCUUUAAGCCUAUAAUAAGUCAACAACAAUUAUUAGCUUCAGUUAGAUGGUAUAAAUGUAGCUGGAAUAUGAAGUCUGGAUUAGUUUGUGCCUGGCUGUGAAACACAAGCUUUUCAAGUAAUUUGGUGCUCAGUUUUUCAGGUCUCUGACUUGCUCUGGGGAAUGGUCAUUUCUUACUGAAAUUCCUUACUAACAUCCUGAAUAAUAACUGUUUUUACUGACUGAAAUCCAAAAUUUGUUUUGUCAUUCCGCAUUUUAGUAGCAUUUUUCCUGGUUCAGCAUUCAGAUAUUUUAGCUUAUGCUAAUGGCAUGUAACUUUUCAUUGUUUCACUGUUCCUCAUAAAUUUACUUGAGUGCUUUUUAAGUCUACUCAAAAUCUCACAUUAUAACACAGUCAUAACACAAGAUAAAAAAAAUGCCUAGCAGCACCAAUCUAAUUUUAAUUAAGAUGGAUUUCAAAACUAAAUAAAAUCUUGGAUGUAUGUUCUUGAAUCUAAUUGGCUAUGAAACAUAGGUAAGUGAAUGUGUAACACUCAAAAGUUUUAACAAGUCUAAACAGUAUCACUUGGUGUAUCAUUGAGAUUUGUGAAGCACUGUACUUAUUUUGUAAACCAAUCUUUCAUGGUAAUUUAUUAUGUGGCUUGAUUUUCGCUACUUGGAAAUAUUUACUCAAAGUUUUGAAGCAAUUGCCUGGAGUAAGGAAAUGAGCACUACAAAGAUUUACAUCACAGACACCGUCAUAGGUAUUUUUAUUCAUCUUGUAGUAUUUUAUUACAAUGUUGGAAAAAAAAUCAAGCCAUAAGGUGCCAUCUGGUAUAUGGUGCCAUACUGUUACAACAUAUGCGAUGCUGUGUUUGUUCUGGGGUUUCACAAAAAAAGUAAUAAAUAAAUAAAACAGCCCUUUUACUAACAGUA